UAUCGUAUCAGAAAUCCGCGGCGAUUCCACGGCAAACAGAGCCGCAGCAGUGUCAGCGAAUCCUCUCGCUGGCUGGUAAUGGCUGCGCCUGCGAGUAUUAGAGCCCCGUUGCUCCAGCCCCCGAGCGCAGCUGGGCACUACUCGUCCAGGCAUUCGCCGCGGAUUCCCCAAGGUUUCCUCUCCCUCCCCUCCGCUCUAUGCGCUUCGCCUAAUCCCAAGAUAGCCAUCCAAGGAAAGCGAUUGAGUUGUCUUGCUGUGAAAUCUGGUAUGGGGACGGAAGUGAGCCCGGCCUCUGAGGAUAGGAUGCUGGUCAUGGUUCCGCCUCAUCCAUUGAUCAAACACUGGAUCUCUGUUCUAAGGAAUGAACAAACCCCUUGUGUGAUCUUCAAGAAUGCAUUGGCGGAACUUGGGAGGUUACUCAUAUACGAAGCUUCUAGGGAUUGGUUGCCUAUAAUCAGUGGAGAGAUUCAGACACCAAUGAGCGCUGCAACUGUUGAGUUCAUUGAUCCACGGGAACCUGUGAUGGUCAUUCCAAUCUUGAGAGCUGGUCUUGCUUUGGCAGAGCAUGCUUCUGCAGUCUUGCCUGCAACAAAAACUUAUCAUCUAGGUAUGCGUAGGGAUGAAACUACUCUCCAGCCGUCAGUGUAUCUGAACAACUUACCAGACCAGUUUCCUGAGGGAUCUCGUGUACUCAUUGUUGAUCCUAUGCUUGCAACUGGGGGGACAAUGGUUGCUGCAAUUGAUCUAGUGAAAGAGCGUGGUAUUGGUAACAAGCACAUAAGAGUUGUUUCUGCUGUAUCUGCUCCUCCAGCACUUCAAAAGCUCGGCAGCAAGUUCCCUGGGUUACACGUGUACACAGGAAUGAUAGAUCCUGUUGUGAAUGAAAAAGGGUUUAUAGUGCCAGGAUUGGGGGAUGCUGGAGACCGUAGUUUUGGUACUUGAAACUUUGAGAAAAUUUUGCACAAUAUGCUGCAUUAUUCUUGUCCCCAGUUUUAUAUUGCCCAGAUUGGGAGAUGCUGGAUGACCAUGGUUUUGGUGCUUUGAAAUUUUGGGUGCAUUUUUUUCCUAAAUGGGCAGCAUGCUUCAUCAGCAUGUGAAAAUUCCUUUCUAACUGAUUUUGGACAGCAAAACAGUGAUGGUAAUGCAAUUCUUUUUAGGAGACAGGAACA